AUCUUCUGGGAACUCACUUUGUCUUUGAAGGGCUUAGCUCUGUUCUGUGCAGUUUUCAGGGUGGAGGGGAAAAUGGAAAUUUCAAUUAGUGAAAAAGUGUUCCUAGUUGAUAACCUGGUAUUGGCAUUGAUAUUUCCAUCUCAUUUGCUGGCAUCAGCACAGUGCUGGCCUCAGGGGAGUAGAGGAGGGGGGAGAUGCAGGAAUAGGAAGUGCACUGAGUGUCAACAUUAGACUUCUGCCUGGAUGAAUGCUGAUUUGUAAACUUAUGAAGAGGACCUUGAAGUGCCCUUCUGCAGUGAAAGCCUAAAAUACCACCUUGCAACUACAGAACAUCUCUGCACAUGAAUGAGAAGCAUCUGAAUAUAUAUUGGGACAAGUUACUUGUAUGAACAAUUCUAAAGCUGUGGGAUAGUGAAUGCUGUGGAAAUGAACUGUCUCAGUGGAUGUGGCUAUUUGACUUUGGUGAAAAGUGCAUAAGGUUGUUUUUAAAAAAUAGGUGUUGUUUAACAGGGUUUUUUUCUGAAGGAUUUUUCUGCUAAUCUGACCUACUUAAGUGAGAAACCUUUUUUAUGAAGAUAAGAAAACAGAGAAUGUAUGCAUAAUCAAGAUGCUAUAUUUUCAUAGCUAAGGUGUGAAACAUUCUUGGAGUGGAAAGAAUCUUGUAGCUUCAGCUAGAAAUUAUCUUGGCAUUUUCUGGCAAUAGGGCAGAAUUGCAGGAGUUUAUUAAUCUUCUCUAUUGUAAGAAUGCAGCUUGAUUCCUGAGGAAAAGCACAAACAGUACAAAUAAAUGACCUGCACCUGUUUCCAUUUCUUCAAACUUCUAUUACUUUUUCCAUCCCUUCUUGAUAGUACUUGAAUGUCCCCAGGAUUGGAAGUAUUCCAGGAGAAAUUUUGUUCUGCAGUUGGCAUUAAAAAGGAGCAUCUUUUCAAUGUGAUUUAAGAGUGCAAUUCUGAAGAGCACUAACUUUUUUUUUUUGGUGAAUAAUUUUUUGGGGGAAGAUUAAGAAAUACAUCCAUGUCUCUACACAGACUUUUAAGGGAAGGACAAGAAGGUCAUUCCAGGAUCCUUACAAGAUUCAGCCAAAUCCUUCACAAUGUCUCAUCCACAGUACUUCGUUCCAUUCCAAAGAGACGCUCUCGAAAUAACCCACGUCCAGCAUGGUCUGAUGAAAUCAUGCAUCAGGAUAUCACUCCCCUCUGUGCUGCAGAUAUUGAGGACCAGUUAAAGAAACAAUUUGCCUACCUGUCAGGUGGACGAGGGGAAGAUGGUAGCCCUGUUAUCACAUUUCCGGACUACCCAACUUUCAGUGAGAUCCCAGAGAGAGAGUUUCAAAAUGUUCUGACCUAUCUUACAAGCAUUCCAAGCUUGCGAGAUGCUGGAAUUGGAUUUAUCCUUGUCAUAGAUCGUAGGCAAGACAAAUGGACCUCAGUGAAAGCCUCAAUCCUGCGAAUAGCGGCAUCUUUCCCAGGAAACCUGCAGCUAGUCCUUGUUCUACGCCCGACAGGAUUUUUCCACCGAACUCUCACCGACCUUGCCUUCAGAUUUAACAGAGAUGAAUUUAAAAUGAAGGUACCUAUCAUAAUGUUGGGCUCAGUAACAGAACUUCAGCGUUACAUUGGUAAAUCACAGCUAACAGAAGACCUCGGUGGCAGUCUAGAUUAUUCCCAUAGCAGAUGGCUGUCUCAUCGCACUGCUAUAGAAAAUUUCGCCCUAAUGGUUAAGGAAACAGCUCAAAUGCUUCAGUCCUUUGGGACUGAAUUGGCUGAGACAGAACUACCAAAUGAUGUGCAGUCAACCAGCAUCCUUCUUGCCGCACACACAGAAAAGAAGGAUAAAAUGAAGGAAGACUUGAGGUUAGCAAUAGAACAGGGACACAAUAUCCUUGCAAGUAUCACAGAGCCAAUGACUGAAAACCCUGACUACCAACUGAACCAAGAUCAGCUUGACAAUCAAACCACAGUGGAAAGGCUUCUGGCUCAGUUAAAUGAAACUGAGAUGGCCUUUGAUGAAUUUUGGGCUAAACAUCAGCAAAAACUUGAGCAGUGUCUUCAACUUCGUCAUUUUGAACAGAAUUUUAGAGAGGUCAGAGCAGCUUUAGAUAUUGUGUCCGAGAGGCUAUCUGCUUUCACAGAUGUGGGAAACAGUUGCUCACAUGUGGAGCACAUCCUGAAGGACCUUGCUAGCUUUGAAGAAAAAUCACAUGAAACUGUAGAAAAAGCCAGAGUGCUUGUCUCUGAAGGAGACCAGUUUAUUCAAAACGAGCAUUAUGCUGUGGACUCCAUUCUUCCAAAGUGCAAUGAACUCCAGCAUCUCUGUGAUGCAUUUACUACAGAGACAGACAAGAGGAAAAAUCUACUCAACAAAUCUCUGGAACUACAUAGCCUAUUAGAAAAGUCUAUGAAGUGGUGUGAUGAAGGAAUCUACUUGCUGGCUUCACAGCCUGUGGACAAAUGCCAGUCCCAGGAUGGUGCAGAAUCAGCUUUACGGGAGAUUGAGAAAUUCCUGGACACUGGUGCUGACAACAGAAUUGAAGAACUGAAUAAAAUAUGCAAAGAAUAUGAAACCAUCCUUAACCAGGAUUUAAUGGAGCAUGUGCAGAAAGUUUUCCAGAAGCAGGAGAGCAUGGAAGAAAUGUUUCGAAAGAGACAAGUGAGCCUUAAGAAACUGGCAGCUAAACAGACCCGUCCAGUUCAGCCAGUGGCACCUAGACCUGAGGCCUUUGUAAAAUCACCUUGUACCUCUCCAGGUCUUCGAAGAGACUAUGUAACCAGCCCAGAAAGUAAUAUGAUUCCGAGAAGGAACUACCGAAGAACAAAAAGUGAAAUGAGUGAAAUGCAACAAAGCCGAAGCGGAUCAGUGAUGGAUGAUGAAGAAAACCUAGCUGUUUUACGGAGUCAUGUAAUUAAUGAACUUAUUGAAACAGAACGAGCAUAUGUGGAUGAGCUUCUAUGUGUUCUUGAGGGGUAUGCUGCUGAGAUGGACAACCCCUUAAUGACGCAUCUCAUGUCACCAGGGCUGCAAAAUAAGAAGGAUAUUUUGUUUGGGAACAUGGAGGAAAUUUAUCACUUUCACAACAGAAUAUUUGUGAGAGAACUGGAAAAUUACAUAGAAUACCCUGAGCUGGUAGGAAGAUGUUUUCUGGAAAGGAUGGAAGAUUUCCAGAUUUAUGAAAAAUAUUGUCAAAAUAAGCCCCGAUCUGAAAGUUUGUGGAGGCAGUUUUCAGACUCAGUAUUUUUUCAGGAAUGUCAGAGGAAACUUGAUCACAAGCUGAGUUUGGAUUCAUACUUACUGAAGCCUGUUCAAAGAAUAACCAAAUAUCAGUUACUGCUAAAGGAAAUGCUGAAAUACAGUAAAAACUGCGAAGGUGCUGAAGAUCUGCAGGAGGCGUUAACCUCUAUACUAGGUAUUCUCAAAGCAGUCAAUGACUCCAUGCACCAGAUUGCCAUUACUGGCUAUGAUGGAAACCUCAAUGAACUGGGUAAGCUGUUAAUGCAGGGAUCUUUCAGUGUAUGGACCGAUCACAAAAAGGGCCACUCAAAGGUGAAGGAUUUGGCACGAUUCAAGCCAAUGCAACGACACCUGUUCCUCCAUGAGAAGGCAGUGUUGUUCUGCAAAAAGCGAGAAGAAAAUGGAGAGGGAUAUGAAAAGGCACCUUCUUACAGUUAUAAACAUUCCUUGAAUAUGACAGCUGUUGGCAUAACAGAAAAUGUUAAGGGUGAUGCAAAGAAAUUUGAAAUCUGGUAUAAUGCCAGGGAAGAAGUUUACAUCAUACAGGCACCCACUCUUGAAAUUAAAGCUACCUGGGUAAAGGAAAUUAGAAAAGUGCUAACUAGUCAACUUCAGGCAUACAGAGAAGCUAGUCAGCACAGAACAUUAGAACAGACGCACAGUUUACCUCUUCCUGCUCCAUCUUGUACAAGUCCUUCAAGGAAUCAGACAAGAAACCUCAAAAAACUAGGAGAGAGGAAAACUUAUCCUACAAGUCCAGAAGGUUAUAUAAUGCCAAAGUAUCCUGAGAAAGGCAAAGAUGAUACAGUUACUAGUCCUACCUCAGAAUACUCUGCACUGUCAAAAAAGGGCUUUACUAACCUCAAAAGUCAGAAAGUUUCACCUACCAGCCCUGACAAAAAAGCUAAGCGGCAUGAAGUAAAGAGUGAUCCAACUCCUGUUGGUUUAAGAGGUUGGACUAAAGCAUCUCAUUCACUUGAUGCUUCUGAAGAAAAUGAUGGCUGGUCUAGCGCUGAAGACCCGCUUAAUUCAUCAGAUGCAGAAGAAGAAGUUGUAGGAGGGGGAGAAGAGAUGAAGCUGACUCCUGGUAAAUACACUGUUGUGACUGACUACGACAAAGGAAUCUCUGAAAGUUUUACAGUAAAAAGUGGUGAUGCUGUUCAGCUGAUCCAUGAAGGGGAAGAUGGACUUUGGUAUGUAAAGAAUCUGACUAGUGGUAGGGAAGGUUGGGUCCCAGCCAACAAUCUGUUGAUGCUCAUAGGCAACUCAAAAUCUGCACAGUCUCUAAGCAGCUCUGAAUCAGGCACUGCUUCCAGUAUUUUGAGCUCAUCAUCAAGUUGCAGUGAUAGUUGCAAUGUUAGUAACACCAGCUUUUUGGACCUUAAGGGCUAAUGUUAAAAUUUCAUCAAGCCUCCUGUGAACUUUCAGUAUCCUGCGCAGACUUCUGAAUAUUGGGGAACCAGCGUGCGUGUCCCUGUUGUAUGUGUUAAAUGGUGGUUUACAGAGCAUCCCUAGGAAGAUCUAACUGGAAAAUAUGUGGAGUGUGAAUAUUAUAAAUGAAACAAAAAAAGAUCGGAAAAAGACUCUUCAAGAAGGUUCUCAUCUGAAGCCUGAAUCUCAACAGUUACUAGCACAACACACCUUUUCCCAAGUCAAAUUUCUACAGAGAAACAUUGUUUUGCAACUAUCAGAAACAAAACAACAGAAAUGUGUUCAGUGGCAAAUACUAUUGUAAAGUAAUAAAUUGGUAAUCACUGUUUUAUAUAGAAGUUAGGAUAAUAAAUCUGGAGUUUACUAUUCAUUCUCAAUCCUUCCUUUAAAGACAGUUCUGAGUUAAUGCAGUGCAGGAGUAGUUUUUCUAGUAACCGGGAAUUAAAUUUUGGCCUAGCUGUUCUCGUGUUGUCUUGCAUUUUAACACCAUGUAUUCUGCAGUAAAAUACUUCUUUCCAGGCUAUGCUGCAAAAGAAAUGGACUACCCCCUGAUCAUAAAAGCAUCAAAAGAGAAGAUAAUUUUAUCUUUUCCAACUUUUAAAACUGUGCAAUGGCCAUUUUUUAGGUAUUUUGGUCUCUUAAAUUCUUUACAAGAAUCACUGUGUUUACAUAACAUUAGUAAUUUAAUAGCAUGUUUGAAACAAAAUUAUUUGUUGUCAUUAGGGCGCACAUUGAAACUCAACAUGUUUAUAUUAGCUAAGCAAUUUCUAAAUGAUCUGUAGUGCAAUGCGGUACCUGCAGCUCUAACAGUUAGAAGAUGGUUACAAGCAAAGAAAACUUGCAGAUGAACUAUGUAGUUGGGGUCUUCCUUCCUUCUGCUUGAAGACUUACUGUGAGGGCUAGAAACCUGGAAUUUUUGGUUGAUGAUGUUUGUAGAUAUACUUAAAAGGACAGAAAAUAUAAAAUCGUAACCUUUUCUAUAAAGGGGGAGAGAAGAGGGAGGAAAACUUCUAUAUUAAAAUACUGAACUGUGUUGAUGACAAAUAUUUUAAUUAUUUUUUUAAAGAGAGGGAAAUCAUAAACAGGCAGUUUUACAGAUGUGAUGUAAACCAAUGCCGUAAGCUGUCACUGCAUAGGAUAUCCUUUACAAUUCAGCCUUACAAAUGCAAACAAUAUAUAAACUUAUGUACAUGCUGCACUGAAUACUUCAAUCCAAUCCUUGAUAUCUUUCAAAUAUAUUUUUUACUUUAUACUAAGAUACCAUUUUCUCUCUGGUCCAUAUCUUGUAUUUAAAAUAACCUCAGACAUUAAGGGCUUGAGUCUCUGAAACCAUGAGCACAGCAAGCUACUACUGAAAUUAGUGGCACCUGCUAGUUCUCAGCACAUGUGAAAAUCAGGCCAUAAAAGUUUAUCUCAAUGCCCAGAAUUUAGAUUUGAGUUGGAAGUGCAAAUAAUGAAAAGAGAAAUGCCUCAAAAGAAGCAGCUUUUGUGUUCCAGAAACGAAUCUUUUUCCACUUAGUCAAAUGUACUGACUCCAGUCACUGCAAAUUUGUGUGUGUGUGCGUGUGUGUAUAUGUGUGUGUGCGUGUGUGUGUGUGUGUGUGUCUGUGUAUAUAUGUAUCAAUGUAAAGGAUGUAUUUAUAGCCUUCAUGUUGCUGGAAAUGUCACUUUACAAUGCAUAAAUAGGUUUCUUGUAAUAUUGGCAAUAUUAAACUUGUUCAGGGUUUUUACUUUAUAUAUCAUUUCCAACAGCCUGCUCCUUUUUUAAAAAUUAUGCUAUAUAAUACUGUGCUGGCUUGGAAUGUUCAGCCUGAUACAUGAUAAUGAAAUGGCAGUGUGUAGACAUUUUGGGCUUUUGUCCUGUUUCUAAGUUAUUUUGUAAAUUAUCUGUAGCAUAACCUACCUACAUAUCUUACUCCAAAGCUGUCUGAGAGUGAGACUGUGUCCUUUCAUCUGUCUCCUGACUGUGUCAUUUGCAUUAUUUUGAUGACCUUACACACAUCACUGCACUUUAAUACAGCACAUUUCACUGUUUCUUUUUGGUGGGUUUUGUUUUUUUUUUUACUAUGGCUGUAAAUCAAGAAAUAUAAAAUCAGAGGUCUUCAGUGUAUGAAAAUUUUGAUGAAUAAAUUUCAGCAUUUCUUGCUGGAUAUCCUCAA